AUGGCUGUCCGACCAGGUUAUACACCACCUUCUGGUUCUGCUCUUCCUCCAAAUGCAGCCUGCAAACUUCAUAAGUCACUCUAUGGGCUCAAGCAGGCUUCUCGCCAAUGGUAUGCGAAGUUUUCUUCAGUUCUUAUCCACGCUGGCUUCACUCAGUCGCAAUCAGAUCACACAUUAUUUGUUCGACGGACUGAUUCUGCAUUUUUGGCUCUCCUGAUAUAUGUCGACGACAUCAUCAUUGUAAGUGACAAUACUUCAUCUGUUACAGAGCUUAAGACACUGCUUUCCUGUCACUUCAAGGUUAAAGAUUUGGGACCGUUACGGUAUUUCUUGGGCUUGGAAAUUGCGAGAAAUUCUUCUGGUAUAUCAGUCUCUCAACGUAAAUAUUGCCUCGAGCUUCUUCGGGAUGUUGGAUACCUUGGCUGCAAAUCGGUUUCUGUACCAAUAGAUCCGAAUGUACAACUCAAUCAAGAUUCAGGUACUCUGCUUGAUGACCCUGUCUCUUAUCGGAACUUGGUUGGUCGUCUUCUUUACCUUACCAUUACUAGACCCGACAUUACGUUCUCUGUUCAUAAGCUCAGCCAGUUUGUCCAUCGCCCAACUACAGAGCAUCUGAAGGCAGCACAUCGUGUUAUCCGCUAUCUCAAAUCCAAUCCGGGCCAAGGGUUAUUCUAUUCUGCUCAAGCUGAUCUGCGACUUCAAGCUUUUUCGGACGCUGAUUGGGCCUCCUGCCCUGAUUCUCGGAGAUCUGUCACGGGAUUCUGCAUUUUUCUCGGCUCCUCUCUUAUCUCUUGGAAAGCUAAGAAGCAGCAGACGGUAUCACGAAGCAGCGCAGAAGCCGAGUAUAGGGCUCUCGCAAACACCACUUGCGAGAUUACUUGGUUGUUGAAGCUGUUUGCUGAUUUAAGUGUCAGCAUUCCUCUGCCAAUCAGUUUAUUUUGUGAUAGCAAUUCUGCUGUUCAUAUCGCAUCCAAUUCCGUUUUUCACGAACGAACGAAGCAUAUCGAACUUGAUUGCCACGUUGUUCGGGAAAAAUUGGUUGCUGGUCUGAUACAUCCGCUGCACAUUGCUGCUGAACACCAAUUAGCAGAUAUCAUGACCAAGGCAAUUCCACCGAAGCUCUUCCAUUCGUUGCUCAGCAGAUUACAGAUUUCAAAUCUUUUUCUUCCUGAUGGAAGUUCAAGAUUUGACGGGGGAGUAUUAGCUACAUGUGGAGCAUCGCAACAUCCUCGGACGAUAGUUACGGAUUAUGAAAGGCAUGAGACAAGGAAGCAUGAUCUGACAAUUGCAGGAAGUACAGAGGAGCAAACACAACAACCCGCACCAAUUUGA